GGCGAUUAUACAAUAGACAGGCAUUUCUGUUUGUUGGUUACGAAAGUUCAAGUGAAAAUUUAAUGAUGUGCUUCGAAUGUGACACAAGCAGGUUAAUUGAAACGAGAUGAGAUGGCAAAAUGUGAGAGUUUUGUACGUAUUCAAAACUAAACACCAAGUUGUUGAAGACGAGAUACAAGAAAGGGUAUUUUUUAAGAGACAUUUUUUCUUGCCAAGAGAUAGAUAGAGAGAGGGAUUUUAAACACUAUCCCAUACGAAGCAUCUGACAGCCUCGUCAAAACCGUCUGAUCUCACAAUGAUCGUGAGAGACGACGCUGAAGCAGAGGACGUCGGUCCUAUGCCAAGUGACUCCGUGAAAGACCCGAGGAGCGAUCACUGCGUUCGAGACAGUGACACCGGCGGUCACGACAUCCAGUCGAGGUCCUCUUCGGCCAGGGUUGCCAAGAAGUACGGCCUGAGACCGCGCAACGUCGUCGGGAGACUCCAGCCGGGAAGGACGAGAGAAGGGUCGUCCUCCAGACUUCGAGCCGCCCCUCUCUCGAAGUACCGCAGGAAGAGCGCGAACGCCCGCGAGCGCCAUCGCAUGAAGGAGAUCAACGACGCCUUCGAAACCCUUCGUCGAAUUCUGCCCGACUUCUGCAGCAGAAGAGCCGCCUCAUCCAUGACGAAGAUCACGACGCUCAAACUGGCCGUCAGCUACAUAAGGGCGCUGUCGCGCAUCCUGGAAGACGGCCAUCCGUCAGACAUCUCUUUCUUCGACGGGUUCGGUCGGGAGGAGGUUUCCAUGAGCAAACAUGGUCCAUUUACCAGCGCUCACCACCAUUCGUUGAUGGGGCAUUCUUCCGGAACUCACAUAUCCCAGGUUACGUUGCGACCUCCAUCCUGUAGCUACGGUGACCUGGAUGACCUUCUGUCGGACGAUUCGUGUGUCUUGGAAGACAGUUUCAUUGCCUUCGACGACAUCCAGACCUUGCCAGAAAUGGACGCCCUUUCUCUACUGAUGGUUCAGGAUGUCAAGAGCCCCUCGGUGAGAUCUUGAAAAUAGGCAACUGCUAAAGGAAGAGGUCUGAUAUGGGGAGUGUAAAUAAACAUUGUAUUUUGCAAUAAUCUGUCACGUAAAAAACUCA